AUGGGUCAAGAAGGCCAAGGCAUCCACCUGCUCCCUCGACCCCAUGCCCACACCACUGUAACCCCCAUCAUCAAGAAGCCUGGGUCAGACCCGGAGGACCUCUCCAACUAUCGACCGAUCUCCAACCUUCCCUUCAUCAGCAAAAUUCUCGAAAAAGCAUACAUGCUUCCCCUUGGACAGAUUAUUCACAAACACGGUCUCAGCUUUCACUCUUAUGCAGAUGACACCCAACUCUAUCUCAGCACCAAACCAUCCACUCAGCUCCCUCCCCACUCCCUGGUAAACUGCCUCCACGACAUCAAAGCCUGGAUGACCUCUAACCAACUCAAACUCAACAGCAAUAAAACAGAGCUCAUGGUGGUGGCCCCCAAAGCGCUGCUGCAGAAGGUUGGAGAUCUCAUGCUUGAUGUGGACAGGACCUCCAUCUGUCCAUCCUCCGAGGUCCGAAACCUGGGCGUCAUCCUGGACUCCACCCUCUCUUUCCAGUCCCACAUAAAGUCUGUCACCAAAUCUGCCUUCUAUCAUCUCAAGAACAUCUCCAGACUCCGACCAUCACUCCCUGAUUCUGUGGCUGAAACACUCAUUCAUGCUUUCAUAACCUCCUGCCUGGACUACUGUAAUGGAGUCCUGUCUGGAGUUCCCAGCAAAACCCUGGACAGGCUUCAGUACGUCCAAAACUCUGCAGCUAGAGUUCUCACCCACACUAGACCCUGGCAACACAUCACUCCAACCCUCAUCCACCUCCACUGGCUCCCUAUCAAGUCCCGUAUCAACUACAAAGUCCUCCUCCUCACAUAC